GCUCGAUUGAUGGUGGCGCCGAACCAGCCGAAGCAGGAAUUGAGUAUCCCUUAUUUUUUUUUGAAAUGCAAGAAACAGCAAAUGCUCAGUACGAAAUUGCCGAUCCACCAAAGGAUGGCAUCUCUUCGCUGGCUUUCUGUCCCGUGGACUCUCGAUAUCUCAUCGCUUCUUCCUGGGAUCAAACAGCACGCAUUUACGACAUUGAAUCGAACCAGACAAAAGCACAAUUUGAUCAUGAAAGCGCUGUUCUGAGCGCCUGUUUUGGCAACGAUAGUCAGCAGGCAUUUAGUGGAAGUGUGGAUAAAAAAGUGAGACUAUUGGACGUUGAGACAGUCACCACAAAGGUUUUGGGACAGCAUGACGAAGCAGUGCGAUCGGUUCGCUGGAGUAGCAAUACAAACAAUCUGUAUACCGGCUCAUGGGACAAGACCCUUUGCGUGUGGGAUCCUCGUAACGAUACUCCACUUGUUUCAAAGCAUGAUUUACCGCAGAAAGUAUUUGAUAUGGAUUUGCAAGAUAACACUUUAAUUCUGGCCAUGGCGAACCGCCAGAUCUACGUAUACGAUAUUCGCAACAUGAAUGAACCUCAACAGACCAGAGAAUCCACCUUGCGCUACAUGCUACGGUCAAUUCGACUAAUGCCAAACGGUGAGGGUUAUGCUUGCUCAUCUGUCGAAGGUCGUGUUGCUCUCGAAUUCUUUGAUCAGUCACCCGAAGUCCAGGCGAAAAAAUACGCGUUCAAAUCCCAUCGACAAACCAUCAACGAAACCGAAAUCGUGUAUCCUGUCAAUGCAUUGGCUUACCAUCCUAUCCAUGGUACGUUUGCGUCAGGUGGGUCGGAUUGUGUGGUAAGCAUCUGGGACGGUGUCCAUAGAAAGCGCAUCAGACAGUUCCCUCGGUAUCCCGACGAAAUUUCUAGCUUGGCAUUUAGCCCGGAUGGCAAGGUGCUGGCAGUAGCAAGCAGUUAUACAUUUGAUGAAGGUGAACGUGACCACUCCCCCGACGCCAUCUUCAUUCGUCCCUUGGGUGAUAAUGAUUGUAAACCUCGUUCAGCCACCGUAAACGGUAACUAAAUAAACACCACCAAGAAACCCCCAUUCAAAUUCGAAUAAAAACCAGAGUACUGAGCUCCA